UCAGCAGCUGCCUUCACUGGGCAGGGCAAAUUAUACCGUGGCCCAGCCAUAAAAGCCACUUUCCAAAAAAAGAAGCUUUAGGGCCCCUGAGAGACGCAGCUGAACCUCUCACCUGGCAGUGCCUGACUCAGGAGGUGAUGUCUGGGCCAUGAGCGACAGAGCCUGGUGUCCCUUUAAGCAGGGAGUACAAAUUCUCAUCCCUCCCUCCUGCUCUCCCUGACGUCAGCUGGAAGGCGUGUGAGUGAGUGAGGGGCCAAGGUACCGCCCGCGCGAGCACGCGCGCGCGCACACACACACACACACACACACACGCACGCACAUCUUCCAGACCCAUCCCCUGCCCGCCAGCUCCACGAGACAGAGAGAAGCAGAGCGCAGACGCCGCAGGAGGCAGUGCCUGGACCCCGGCUGCCCAGGAGAGACGGAGCCCGUGGCUGGUGAGGCCGCAGAGCAGGGCCAGGCCGGGCCCUGCCCGCAAGGACGCCCAAACCCCUCAUCGGCCCCUGGGCCCCAGAGCCCACCAGGCUCUCCCGCCGGCCCCACCAUGACUUCGGAGUCCACGUCACCCCCAGUUGUGCCCCCGCUCCACUCCCCCAAGUCCCCAGUCUGGCCCACCUUCCCCUUCCACAGGGAGGGCAGCAGGGUCUGGGAGCGGGGUGGUGUCCCACCUCGGGACCUACCCAGCCCUCUGCCCACCAAGCGGACCAGGACCUAUUCGGCGGUUAGGAGUGAGGACCCAGCACGGGGUACCGGAGGAGACGAUGUCCUGGUUGGGUUUGGAAGAUGUAUCAGGACAGCCCGGGCCUCAGCUGGCCCCGUGUUCAAGGGCGUCUGUAAGCAGUUCUCACGCUCACAGGGCCAUGGCUUCAUCACCCCCGAGAACGGGUCCGAGGACAUCUUCGUACAUGUGUCUGACAUCGAGGGGGAGUACGUGCCAGUGGAGGGCGAUGAGGUGACCUACAAGAUGUGCCCUAUCCCGCCCAAGAACCAGAAGUUCCAGGCCGUGGAGGUGGUGCUCACUCAGCUGGCCCCCCACACUCCCCACGAGACGUGGUCUGGCCAGGUCGUGGGCUCCUAGGCUGGGUGGCUCACAGGCCAGCUGGCUGGGGGGGUGGGGAGCCACACAGGGUGAACGGGCAGCAGCCAGCUCCAUGCCCCACUGCCCUGGCUGAUCAGUCCUUCGGUGGCCUCAGUGUGCACGUCUGUCUGUCUGUCCGUCUGUGCUUGUGGCUGUGAGCGUGUGCCUCCACCCACCCCAUGACCCGUGACUACUGUGCGAGCUGGAAAGGAAGUGGGUGGAGGGCGAGGCCACCAGACCUGGCUUCUCGCUGUCCACUGCCUUUCUCCUCCCCUCCCUGCCGCAGACACGCAGGACCUGCUCGCCCUCCUACCCACCCAUCCCCAUGGUGACUGAGCCUCGAGAGCCUGUGCUGGGCUCACUCCCUGGCCUCCGCCCCUGAGCUGUCCCAUGUCAGUCCACAGUUCUCUGUGCUACUUUUACAUCUCCCUCCCUUGGCUGAGGUCCCCCGCCACCAUCUAGACCCUUCCCUCAGAAGCCUGGCCGGUGGGUGCUUUUGGGGAGCCUCCCAGCCACUGGCAGGGGAGGAGGACAAAUACAGAGGCACACAGGCCCCUCACUGCUGAGGCCAGCCUUCCUUCCUGCUCUGCUCUCAGUGCACUAGAGAGGCAGGAAGAGGGGCCAGAGGGCGCAAGGGGUUUGGGGCUCCCAUUUCGCCGGCCAGUCCCUCCUCCUCAGCCUGGCAGUGGCUCUGGGCUCCUUCCCCUGGGCUGUACUGAGCCAAGCCCAGGGGUUUGCAGAGGGUGGGGGUCCAUCUCUCCAGCUUGGCUGCAGCCCUCCUUUACCCUGACUCACAAGCACUACUGAUGCUCUGCGCCACGCCCGGCUGACAGCUGCUGAAGAUGCCGAGAUGGACAGACACACAUCCAUCAGGCAGGGCCGGGCCAGGGCACCCACAAGGAGGGCCCUCAGCCUGGGAGACUGGCCCUGCGGCCCCCACGUCAAACCCUCUUCCCAAAGCCCUGACAGACCAGCGGCUGAGGUGUGGCUCUUGCUUUUACCGUGUCCAUCCCUGAAGAUGUGUGACUGUCGCUGUCACCUGGAGUCCUUUUGGGGCCAAGAUGUGUAUGCACUUGGGGUCGUGGCCAUUCACUCCCAUACAGGGGUGAGGGUGGCCUGGCCCGGGAGGCCAGGAAGGAGGGCCCUGUCUGCCUCCACCUCUGGGCGCACCCCCUGCCUACCACCCUCCCUUCUAGACAGCACAUCGCCUGACUGGGGAGAAGUGGGGCCAUGGUUCAAGGGAGGGCCGGCCAGGGGAGUCACCCUUAUGAAACCCAGUCUGUGAGUAACGGGGGGCUAAAAUACCCAGGAUGAGGGGAUCAGUGACUGUCUAGGAGGAUCCCUGGCCUUGUAGGUGCCCCAAGACCCCAGGGUAGAGAUCAGCUGGGAUGCCUGCAUCCCAACCUUGCCCCCAGGGCCCAUCACAUAAAAUCUGGGAGCCCAGAGCUGCUGAGGUAUGCUGGUCAGCUCCCCUAAAAUGGGCACGGCCCAGCCUGUCCCAUGAGGAACAAAGGCCCCUGGCCCCCUUGAGAGAGGGCUUGUUAGUGAGGGAUGACUCCUGGGGGCCCCCAAGGCUCCCCUCCUGUAGGGAGGCCACCUCUUAAGGUACCACUAUCAGUCAGGAUGUGGUGGCAUCAGCCCUGGGGCCGCCUGGGUGGCAGGGGGGCAGCAGCUCUCCUCCCCACUCACAGGCCUUGCAGUGCCCAUUUGGAAUUCCUCCCAAGACCCCUGGCCACCCAAACCCCCCAUUCUUCCUAACACUGGCAAUAAACCCUCAACUGUGACCCAC